UGCUAUUCAUCAAUGUACUCCUUAGUCCUUAGCUUUCGUAGUUUCCUCCAUCAACCAUACUUGUAGAACCUCCAUAAAAAAAUAACCACAGAAAAAAGAAAAACACGUUGAGAGAGAGAGAGAGAGAGAGAAGUGUAGCAUUGGUCUUUCUACAUACCCAUCUACCAUGGCCAUUGAAAUGAAAAAGAAGACUUCAAGAGCAGCAGCAACCGCAAUAUGGCUGGUGUCGUGGAGCAUUAUCAUGGCCUACAAUGUGAGUUAUGCAGAAAGAGUUUUGAAAAACCAAACCCACCAGAGUUUUUCUGCAAAACAAAGACAUGGAGCUUUGAAUAGUAUAAUUGAUUUCUUUUGGAACGAUGGAGGAGAUUCUUCCAAUGACCGUGUUUGGCCUGAGAUGAAGUUUGGUUGGAGAAUAUUGGUAGGGUCAAUCGUUGGAUUCUUUGGAGCUGCGUUGGGAAGCGUAGGAGGGGUUGGAGGUGGAGGAAUUUUCAUCCCAAUGCUCACUUUGAUCAUUGGUUUUGACGCUAAGUCUUCCACUGCCAUUUCUAAGUGUAUGAUUAUGGGAGCAGCGGUAUCAACUGUAUAUUAUAACCUGAGGUUUAGACACCCAACACUAGAUUUGCCAGUUAUAGAUUAUGAUCUGGCUUUGCUAUUCCAGCCUAUGCUAAUGCUAGGAAUAAGCAUUGGUGUUGCAUUUAAUGUCAUGUUUGCUGAUUGGAUGGUGACGGUUUUGCUUAUCAUCUUAUUUAUUGCUACCUCCACAAAAGCUUUGUUCAAAGGCAUAGAUACAUGGAAAAAGGAAACAACUAUGAAAAAGGAGGCAGCUAAGAUGUUGGAAUCAGAUUCUUUUCCUGGUUAUGAUUCUGAAGAAGACUAUAAGCCACUACCAGCUGGUUUGACUGAUCCACGAGAUGAGAAGGUCCCUUUACUAAAGAACAUCUACUGGAAAGAAUUAUUAGUCCUUGUCUACGUUUGGGUGGCUUUUCUCAUCGUUCAGAUCAUUAAGACAUACAGCAAAACUUGCUCCACACUGUACUGGAUUCUUAAUUUACUACAGGUGCCUAUUGCAGUCUCUGUUACGCUUUAUGAAGCCAUAUGCUUGUGCAAUGGAAGUAGAGUGAUUGCAUCAAAGGAAAAGGAAAUAACAGAUUGGAAGAAGCUUCACAAGAUCUGCCUUUACUGUUCCUGUGGUAUAAUAGCUGGUAUAGUUAGUGGACUGCUUGGUCUUGGUGGUGGCUUCAUUUUGGGGCCACUCUUUCUGGAGUUGGGAAUUCCUCCUCAGGUUGCCAGUGCUACAUCAACUUUUGCUAUGGUUUUCUCUUCCUCCAUGUCAGUCGUACAAUACUAUCUUCUAGAACGCUUCCCAGUUCCCUAUGCUUCUUACUUUAUUUUGAUUGCAACCAUAGCUGCGUUAACUGGGCAGCAUGUGGUGAGAAAGAUAAUAGCUAUCUUGGGACGAGCAUCCAUCAUCAUCUUUGUUCUAGCUUUCACCAUUUUUUUGAGUGCAAUAAGUUUAGGUGGAGUGGGAAUUGGGAACAUGGUUGAGAAGAUGGAAAAUAACGAGCAUAUGGGAUUUAGAAAUAUCUGCCAUCAAUCUUAGCUGUGUUUUGCUUCUAUAGAUCACUGAUGUGGCCACCUUUUUAUGCCUAUCAGAGGAACACACUUCCUCCUAAAUUUUUUUAUUAGUAGUUCAAAUUUAAUGAAAGUCAAUAUGGAUUUUAUUCUUGAA